UAAUCGUACAAGUUAUCUUAUACCUAAUUAGUUCUAUAAAUAACAUGGUAUGUACCUAUAGAUAAUUAAUGGUUAAUCAUAGCGAUAAUAAAGUAUAAGAGCCGCAUCAUAAUGUGGUGUUGCAUUUGGCCGGGACUUCACUCCCUUGAGUUAAUCUAAGUUCUUACUUUGGUUCUAAAUUAAUGUCUCUGGCAAAUAUUAAUUCAUCAAUUAUAAUUGCGUUUACGGAGUUCAAAAUCCUUAAUGUUUUUUCUUAUAAGUAAUUUUAUUACAAAGAAAUUCAUAGAAUAACUUUGUAGAAAUUGUCGAGGUCGGAUAUGUAGCCUUUCUCGGUAGAGUUUUGCGUAGCACCGGUGCGUAGAACUUUCGCGGUUCGCGUAGCUCUUUGGCGUAGCGCUACAGCCAAAUUGAAUUGAAUUAAAAUUGACUCGGCAAUAAGUCUCUAUACAAAAUUGUUUCGGUUAUUAUUACUAAUUUAUUUAGAAGUAUUUUUUUAUAUAUUUUUUUUUAUUAUUAUAAAUAAGAAAAUAAAUACAUUUUUCUCCUCUGCGCUCUUAGGUAGGCCGCGAGUGAAAAUACUUUUUAGCUGAAUAGGUCACAUGACAGCAAUCUUCAAUUACGUCUGGUGGGGAGGGGACCCGGAAGAGCGAGAUAGCGCGACUGGCUUAUCCAGGAGAGAUGUUCACCUCAUCAAGAAAACCUGGCUUCUUCUCUACGCCAACCCCGUCAAAAACGGGAUGGAACUUUUUGUCAAGCUCUUUCGCGCCGUGCCUGAAACCCAGGACUUCUUCGCGACCAUCAAAGGGCUCCCCGAGGAAAGACUGGUGGUGAAGAACCAGUUCAAAGCCCAUGUGCUGAACUUCAUGUCUCACCUGAACCUGGCCGUGACCAAUCUUAAUCAACCAGAGAUCGUGGUUCCACUCAUGUAUAAACUUGGAAAGUCGCAUAGGAAUAUACGAAGAGAACAUUUUGAUACACUAACUCAAAUACUGUUGGGCACACUGAGAGAGUCCCUACAUGCCGGAAAUGAUGUCAUAGAAGCAUGGACCAGGUUCAUGACAUUCAUAUACAAACCACUUUUUGAAAGUAUAGCGGAGGAAUAACGAUAUAACCUAAUUAUUAAUAAUUAAAUAAAAAUCUGUGUUUUUGUUACGAUAUUUUAUCGAUGUAAGUAUUCAGAAGAUGCAUGACUAAUGAAUAUUUUGUAUUUUAGUGAUAGUGUUAGUAUGACAUAAUUUUAACCCACAAAAUUAUUAAAAUGGUAACAAUUCUUACAUAUGUAUUAAUAUAUGUUGUCGAUAUUUUCAUAGAAAUAGGAAUAGGUAAUAAAUUAUUCCAGUUCACAUUAGAUUUGCUACCUAUAUUCAUAUGACAUUUGCAUGUAACUAUGUAUGUGCAAAUCUUUUGAAAUAUAUCUGUAUCUAUAUAGUAAUACAAUAUAUUUUUAAUGAGAAAUGAAAUAAAUAGUUAUGACAUUGGUAGUAGCUUUUUUAUCAGUAUCUAUAAGAAAAUGAUUAAACAAAGACACAUAGUAAUAAUUAUUAUUAUGUAGGUAAUUGAUUUGGUAUAACCAAAUUAUGAUCAAGCUACCAGUUAUAAACACACGCCUUAAAAACUUUAUGUCCAGGUCAAUAACUUAAUCGCACUUUAAAUAUUUAGGCUAAUAAGAAUACAUUACUGACAAUAGUCUUCCAAAUUUAACUAAGUAAUAAGCGUUGAAAUUAAUGUAGGUAUCCAUUCAUACUAGUUACUUGAUCAUAAGUACUAUUUUGAUCUAUGUAAAUAAUAAAUAAUUUUAACAUAGAUAUGUAUAAAUUUAAUUUAAUAUUAAAAAUAUAAUCUUUAUGAGGUGUGGCGAUUAAAAAAUAUAACCAUG